AUGGUCCAGCUCUGGCUAAGACGAACGUUUAUUUCAACCAGCAGUACAGGAACAGCCAACAAAAUUGCACAUCUACUUGAAAACCCUCUCCACCACCAACCACCACUAUCUGGUGGCACUGCGGAACGUCUUGGGGUAGAUUUUGAUUUCUACAACGUGGCUUCCAGCAAGGUGCAUCCCAGUCCGGGGGCAGCGCGCAGUGUUUGGGCGUUGCCCCUGACCGCAUCAUGCAACAUGGUGGCAGAGGAGGAUGGCGGCACGCACGCCGAUGUGGACCAUCGGCCGCACUCGCCGCCGCUGACGGGAUCAGGACGUGUGGGCGGCAAUCAUGACGGCGAGGGCAAUGGCAACGACUGCACCGACCAAGACAGCAUGCUCGACGAAAUAUUCGACAUCAUCAAGAACGGGGAGGUGAGCGAAGUGGAGAGCUUGGUGGAGAAAUUCGGCAUGGAGUGCCUGUCGGCCCGGGAUCGUCAUGGCUACACGCCCGCCCACUGGAUCGCAUUGAACGGCAACGUGCAGCUCAUGCGUUAUUUAAUCGAACGUGGCGCUCCAAUCGAUCUUCCCUGUCUCGGCACACAAGGGCCCAGGCCCAUACACUGGGCCUGUCGCAAGGGCCACGCAGCCGUGGUUCAAGUGUUGCUCCAGGCCGGAGUCGCCGUGAACGCGGCCGACUUCAAGGGACUUACACCGCUAAUGCUCGCCUGCAUGUAUGGACGCACCGCCACAGCCGCCUAUCUGCUUGGCAUGGGGGCGCUGAAUAAUUUGACAGACAUAAAUGGAGAUACGGCCCUUCAUUGGGCGGCCUACAAGGGACACGCGGAUCUGAUGCGCCUGCUCAUGUAUUCCGGAGUGGAGCUGCAGAAGACGGAUAACUUUGGAUCCACUCCGCUGCAUCUGGCCUGCUUGUCGGGCAACAUGACGUGCGUGCGUCUGUUGUGCGAGAAAUCGAGCCUCGACCUGCAGCCUCGCGACAAGAACGGCAAGACACCCAUAAUGCUGGCCCAGGCCCAUCAGCAUCAGGAUGUGGUGCGUCUGCUGUACACCGAGGUGAAAAAGAAGUCCCGCUGGAUACCAUCCGUCUCAGAGAGCUGGGGCUGGCUUUUCGGCGGAGCAGGCGACUCCAAGGGCCCGCUGUUUCUCUUCCUAUUCUCAGUCCUGCUCUGGGGCUACCCCAUGUACAUGAUACGGGCCAUACCAAUUACGUGGAAUAUAUUGCGACGCUCGCAUUAUUGCUUCAUUUACUGGAAUGCGGUGAUGUGGAUAACUUGGGCCAUUGCCAACCGACGCGACCCCGGCUAUAUACCGCUCAGCUCGGAUGCCUACUAUCGGGCCAUCAAGCAAAUCCCGUACUUCGACAAGCUGAAGAAGCGCAACGUUAUUCUCACCAGGCUGUGCCACAGCUGCCGGUGUCUGCGUCCCCUGCGGGCGAAGCACUGUCGUGUUUGUAAUCGGUGUGUCACCAACUUCGACCACCACUGUCCGUUCAUCUAUAACUGUGUGGGACUGCGCAAUCGGAUGUGGUUCUUCCUGUUUGUGCUUUCGGUGGCCGUCAACUGUUCCUUCACGAUCUACUUCGCCUGCUACUGCGUCAUGAUCGAGGGCUUCACGCUGCUGUACGUGUUGGGUCUGAUAGAAGCUGUGGUCUUUUGUGGUCUCGGAUGGAUUCUCACCUGCACAUCGAUCCUGCACGCCUGCAUGAAUCUGACCACUAACGAGAUGUUUAACUAUAAACGGUAUCCGUACUUGCGAGACAAACGGGGCCGCUACCAGAAUCCUUUCUCCCGCGGUCCCAUCCUCAACCUACUGGAGUUCUUCGUGUGUCUCCCAGAUCGUGGCGAUGACAACGACCUCCUGCUCGAGGAUAACAUUUGAUUAAGAAGCUAGGAACGCGUAAAUGCUCGUCGCCGUAAAGUGCCUGUUCGUGGAUAAUAGCGACUCAUCGCUCUCUCCAGGACACAACGUUGUAGUUGAGGCGCUCAGCAUAUUUUUGCUCCACAAAGCUUAAUGCUUUCCUGUCUGUUAGUCGGAAGCUCAACAUUUUGGUCCCACUGGCACACAAUUUAUUAUCAAUCAUACACUUAAGAUACACACAAAAAUAUAAAAGGAUUGCUCCAGCUGUCCGGCUGUUCGUACCAAAACAGAUCGGGAUCCAGUCUGCUACCAGAAAAUCGGGACAGCAAUUAGUCCUACAUCCUUUUUUAAAAUACCAGCUAAUGUCCAAAAAUAGUCAAUCCUUCAUUUAAGACCAUUGGAACGAUCCGCACGUUUGGGGAGAUAUGUUUAUCUUGCCAAAUUUAAUCAAAAAUUUUGAAUGUAAGUGGGAAUUACUGCUCCAAUAUUCGUGCAUAUCUAAUUAAGCUUAGCAUUUUUACUCGUUUUAUAAUUAUAAUUGUAAUUAUGCAAUUGAAGUAUGAGCUGAAAUUUUGAGUUCGCACGGUUGAGUUUUCCAAUCGUUCAAAAGUUCAAUGUAAUCGCAGUUCCCGUAAUCCAGCCAGAUCCAGGGAAAGAUUCUUCAAAUGCCCAGCGAGUGUAAAUAACUUAAUUAAGUUACCAUUGAAGCUCGGCAGGGACGAACGUUUAAAUUGCCAUUUUUGAGAACUGGAAAUGUUUGAUCCUCAUGGGAUGAGAUGAGAUUUUGAGAAAGCUCCAAACACAAUUUUGCUUCUACUUCUUGGGAAUAAAUUACCAUUUAUUUGUUCUUUCUGGGGUUUCCAUUUGUUUGUUU